AUGACUAAGGAAGUGAAGUGCUUUCACGAGAACAAAGAACGAGAACGUGAUUUGUCAGAAAACGGUGUAUACGCCCAAGGAAAUCUCGAGGUCACUUUUGAGGCAAAAUCAGCAAAAUCCACUGAUGAUCAUCCACAGAAAGCAGAAGUUCUCAAUUUGUGGUGCCAAGCUAGAAAAAGUGGUGUUGGUCUUUUGCCUAUAAAAAAUGCUUAUUUCGUCCGAUAUUCGAAUCGAGAAAUUAUACCUGCUGUAGUUAACAAUACAAGAGCAAAGUUGGUAUUGGGAUUGAUUCCUAUCACAAGUAUUGGCAGAUAUCGAUGUGAUAUCAAAACAAUCGAUGGUCAUCAUGCUUGGGGAUGGUCAUUCAUAAAUAUGCGGCCAGUCUUCCAUAGCAAUAGGACGAAAGCCUUCGAAAUAUUCGACGAUGACCGUUUUCAUUUAAAAGCCCCUUCGAUCAGAGCAACUGAGGGCGAAACCGUCUUGCUAGAUUGCCCCGUAAUUGGGUUCCCAGAACCAUCUAUUAAGUGGUACAAAGAUGAUGUUCCAGUUGCAUCGACAGAACAAAUAACAUUUCUAGACAAGAGUCUUCAAAUAACGAAAAUUGAGUUUGAUGACGAAGGCACAUACAGUUGCAUUGCUCAAAACACUUUCUACGAUCAUAGCGGGCCAGAUUCAGUACAGAAUACCUAUCAAUCUCGUUUAGAUCGAGACCUCAGAGUCAUUAGUUCAUACCGCUGGAUGUAUCCUCUGAUUGUUAUUGCAAUAAUUAUACUAUUAUUAUUUAUUAUAAUUUAUUUGUGCUCCAUUUUCAGUCGUUAUAAGACAUACAAUGUCGAGAAAUGGGAAAGGCGGAAAAACCUGAAUGGAAAAUAUCGAAAAUCGGAGAAUUCAUCUCAGCACGAACCUAUUCUUGGUAAUGAAAUUCGCAGUUAA